CUUUAAGCUAUUUUUCAGUCAUAUCUUCAGAGGGCUGAAAAAGUUAUUUCAUCAUGUUUAUGUAUCUUGGUUAAAAAAAUCCUCUUUAAUUAAGUACCAUGAGACCUUCAACCACAGAAUAUGUACACGAGAAAUAUAGGCAUUAUUUUAUUUAUUUACGACAUAUCACUGCCCCUCUUAUACAGCUGGAUGCAUAGUUUGUUUUUAUCUAAAGACGAUCCAUACCCAUUAACAACAGGACUGAGAACACGAGCUUUAGGUUCAAGGACGUAGGUUGUUCAGUGUAUUUGUAUAAGGACACGAUUAAAAUACACUUUAUGCACUUAAACAAGAAUAGUUCAUAAUGUGCAACUACAGUACAUGUAUAUUUAAUCUGCAUCUCUCAAUAAAAGGCAAUUCAUACUAUACAACAGGAUAGUAUGAUUAGAGUUGCUGUUCUUGGAGCCACUGGGCAGACAGGAACGAGGGUGGUUCAGCAAGCGCUUGAUGCCGGUCAUGCAGUUAAGGCUCUCGUUAGGAGCCCUGAAAAAAUGAGCAUUAAACACGAACGUCUACAGAUAGAAAAGGUUAACAUAUUUGACACAUCGAGUAUGUUACCUCAUUUCAAAGAUACAGAUGCGAUUGUUCAUUGCGUUGGUGUUAACGUACAAUGGAACCCGACAACACUCUUUAGUGAUUCAAUAAAGGCCAUCGUUGAAGCCAUGCGAGGAGCUCAAAUCAAGAAAAUUGCAAUUCUGUCACUGCAACUAUCAGACGCAAAAAUUUCAGAAGAAUUUGGAUGGUUGAUGAAAUGGGCGUUUUCCCUUUUCUUCUGGUUCAUUAAACCGAUAACUGAUGAUGUGGUAAAAAUGGAGCACUAUCUGCAAGGAGAGUGUGACGAUCUUGAAUGGACAGCAGUCAAACCUGUACAGUUGGUGAACAAACCUCCAUCAGGUAAAAUCAUUCACCACAACGAAGGGCAGUAUCUUGAAGGAGGACAAAACUGGACUAUUUCCCGAGGAGACGUUGCAAAGUUUAUGCUUCAAGUAGUGACUAGUAAGGACAAAGAAUUUGCAAACAAAUUGAUCUCUAUGGGAACAAAGGACUGAGCUAUAACAUAUCACUUGUACCAGCCCAUAACAUAUCAAGUUGCCUUGCUGUCGUCAAGAACAGUAUACUUGGUGUUAGCGAGACGAAGAAAUGGUAA